CGCGAGAUACCGAAUCGAGAGCUCUAGUGUCGCCAGCCCGGCAAACCACACCUUUUUUUUAAAAAAAGUUAUAAUAAAAAUUCUCGCACUCUAGCGGUAACUGUACUUGCCAACGCGUGUGAAAAGCAUCCGAGGACAUUUAAAUAAAUAAAUUUGUUUAUUUAUUUUGAUUGGAGUUGAAGUGAAUUUGAAUUUUUGUGGAAUGUUCGUGGUAUGGAACUGUCAGUUCCGGGAGAUAAUUGACGGUUGUAACUGGUGACGGUGGUUUGAGGUGGUGAGGAACUUGGAACUUGAUUAUUUCGGGGUUAGACUGGAGAAGAGAUGCCGAAGAUAUUAUGGCUUAAGGAACGACUGCACCAGCAGCAGCUGAGGCUGCUGGAGGCACAGCAUCUCAGCAAAUCACCGCCGCCGGGCAGUGGAAAGGAGAGUCCACUUGGAUCAGAACCCAUCAGUCUCAUUGUCAACAAGCAUCAAUAUCGCGACAGAACCGAGGAUCACCGGGCGACGACCCCGGAAUCCGUCCGGAGCAGCAGUCCACCGAGUUCACCCCCGCCACAAUGGCAGCCGCUGACCCCGACGACGACAUCCCCGCGUCGUUUCAUCUCCAGCAUUUUGGGUGGUGAUGCUCCCUAUGGCAGCCGAGGACACGUCCUGACCCGCGCGGAGCGCAAAGAGUACAGCAGUCCCCUGGUGGUGCCGGAAAAGUUACCGAGCAAACCCGAGAGGCUUGAGCUGCCCCGACCGCCGACGCCACCACCGACGCCGAGGAUCGAACCACCCAUCCGGGUCUCCGUGAUCCAGCGGGUGCCACCCCAGACAAAACCCCGGAAGGAGCAGGCAAAGCUGGAGGUGCCUGCCUCCCAGGAGCCUGAGCAGGAUCAGCCGAUUGACUAUGCAGUACCCAAGCGGAAGGAAGACGUCGACGAGGAACGCGGUCGUGAAAGCGCCAAGGCCUCCCGGGCCUUCGGCAACUCGAUCGCCCGUCCUCUGCUGGUGAUGAGACUGUCAGCUCCAGGCGCCUUGCAGGCCGCGGCGGGACACGGUAGGUCCACGAACUCUUCCAACAGCUCUUCGUCAGGAAGUAGCAGCAGCUCUUCGACAUCCGGCGGAGGUGCCUCGGGGUCCGGUGGCCUUAGCUUUUCUUCGGGCGGUGGCGGUGGUGGAGGUGGCGCUAUGGGCGGUGCCGGUGGCGGCAUGAAUCCUGGGGGCAAUGGCGGCCGUGGCAACUACGGCCCCAGUUCGCCCCCCACUGGCUCCCUGCCACCAUUCUACGAGUCACUCAAAGGUGGCAAUAAUCUCGCCAACUUUGCCAAUCAGUAUGGCAGCCAGGGAAACAACUUCCUGACGCCGACAUCCGUAGGAAUGGAGUGUGACACUGGCCAGCAGGACCUCAAUGGCCAGCAUUACGGCGCUCAGGAGGGCAAGCAGUACCAAUUGCUCCAGAACAUGGCGUCUUACGGGCUGGUACUCAAGGAGGAAGAGGAAGACCUAUCGUCCGUCUACAAAAUUCAACCAGAUCUACUCUCAGGGCAGUACGGGGCAUACGAUGUCACAGAUUCUGGGAUGAUGGUGGACAUGGUGACGGGGACGAUGGUCGAUCCCCUUCAAUUCACAACAGCCUUGAGUUUCAGCUCUCCCUCGGAUCAUAACGCCCUUUUAGAGAGUUUGUCAGACGCUGCUGACCUCUUCCUCCCCCGAAUCUCAGCGGACGACGGCAACGACCUUCUCGAGGAGUCACUGCACUCUCCGGCCUCUGCCGGUAGCGGUAUCAACCAGGAAGGCCAGAUGACCACUCCAGUGGAGCCAUCUGUUGAUCCAUUCCCUGAGCAUGGGAUUCCCCUGGCGAGGGCCUUCGAUGGCGCUGCCAGGCACUACAACGGCGCGCAUUAUUCGAAUAAAUUAGCUGGAAUCACCUAUCCUGAGAGCGGGUAUCAACCCCUGGGGAAAGAACGCUCGGAGCUUGGACUCCAUGUUCCUCAGACACAUCAGGAGCCCCAGCUGCAGCAAUUGCAGAUUCAGGUGCAGAUGCAGCAGGGCCAACAGGCCAGGUCACCGCAUCAGCAGCAUCAUCAGGGAUUGCUGAGUCCGGGACUGAAUUUCCCGGGGAGUGGACUGGAUUUGGAUUCUGGUAGCAGUGUGGGCGGUAGUCUUCCAAGUCCAGGAGCUGGAAGCUGUUCAUUAGAUGGAGCUUCAGCUAGCACAUCCCCGGCAUGUGGCCUGAUGGAACAUGCACCGAGUCCUUCUGGUGUUUCAGCAACAGUGAGUUCCCCUAGUGCCUCCGAUCCACCGGCCAGUCAGCGCUCGGGUGUUCUCCAGCAGAGGCUGGGACUUCCUGGUGAUUGCCAGCUGGAAUUCGUUAAUGGGGGGCAUGGAAUAAAAAAUCCACUAGCGGUUGAUGGACAGAGGACACCCACCACCCGGGAAGAGGAGAGAGCACCUAGACCAGCUGCUGGGAAGGAGGACGACCCCAGUCGUUUCACGUGUCGUGUAUGCAGCAAGACCUUCAGUCUGCAGCGACUGCUGAAUCGCCACAUGAAGUGUCACAGCGAUGUCAAGCGUUAUCUGUGCACCUUCUGUGGAAAGGGAUUCAACGACACAUUUGACUUAAAGCGACACACCAGGACGCAUACAGGGGUUAGACCGUAUAAGUGCAAUCUCUGCGAGAAGAGCUUCACCCAGAGGUGCUCGUUGGAGAGCCAUUGCCUCAAGGUUCACGGGGUUCAGCAUCAGUACGCGUACAAGGAACGUCGUACAAAGGUUUACGUCUGCGAAGAGUGUGGUCACACAACCCAAGAGCCAGAAGUCCACUACCUCCACCUGAAGGACAAGCAUCCGUACAGUCCAGCUCUCCUAAAGUUCUACGACAAACGUCACUUCAAAUUCACCAACAGCAAUUUUGCCAACAUGCUCCUCCAGGGUGGCCUUCUGACGGACUCCAAGGACGAUAACUCCAUUGAGACAGCUGCCAAGACCAUCAACAGAUCGUCAUCGCAUCUUGCUCGGACCUCUUCGUACUGAAAUCCUUCACUAAUUCCUGGAGAAUGAAUGGCCGUUGAGUGGAACUUAGGAGAGACAGUAUUUAUUCCACGUUUGUUCAUGAUUAUUAUCUGCAGAGCUGGGCAACAGGUCAUUGCGAAAUUCCAUCAAAAUCGAAGUCGUGAAAUCGAAUUUUAGAUUUUUCCAAAAGACAUUUCUCACGAUAAAAUCAUUACUUACUUGACUUCACUUUGAUAUUCAAUGUUCCAGUUGAAUGAGCUAUGCAAUAGCUCUUUCGAAGUGCAUCUCUUCGAAAUAGUUAUUCCAUUUUCCCAGCUCUCAACGUUAAUUAACUCACGAGUGCCCGAAGAACUCGAAUCCAACGUUUCGAAAGAAAAAAAUUUAAUUCUCUACCAUUUAGUCCUCUGAUACGUUGACUUUCGACUUCACCUGGCAAUCGAGAGAUUCUCUCUAUUCCCCGCAAUACUGCGAACCUCUCGAUCGACUUCACUUAUUAAUUAUUUAACGAUCGAUUCAGUGAAGAAGAGGUAAAGAGUAACAAAUUGACUCGUACCCCAGACGAGUUUUCGAGGAAUACCUCCGAGUCCACCGCUCAUACAAAAUUUUCAUAUGAACCUUUUUUGCAGACCGAAAUUACAGCUACAAAAAAGGUCUCUACAAAAAAUUCACUAUCUCCUCUAGGUCUCGAGAUAUCUCCCGGAAAAUUAAUCUAGUAGCGAAAUCGACUCGUUACCUUCUGCCUCUUCACCACUGAAUUAUUCUGAUACCUUUGCGGUAGGGUGUCCUGUGAUAUAGGGAAAAUGGAUCUUGUACACGACUUAUCAUUACAAAACGCACAUUAAACUACAGCAAUAAUCACGAAAAAAAAAAACACGAGAAAAAGUUAAAAAAAAAACGGGGUAUCGUGCAAUUUAUAAUUUUCUUCUUCAAGGUGGUAGGAAAAAUUAACUUAAUUAAUUUAGCGUUGUAGUUACGAAAGAGAUGUUUUGGAGAAUAAUUAUUUAAUAGAAUGAUCAACCUGUAAAUUUUAGUCUGUAAAUUUAUCGUGGUGCUCAGUGAUUUCACCCCAGGAUAUCUAGAAAUCACGGUGCUCUGUAAAUAUUUGAAUUAAUAACAAUUGAUUAACGAAAAAUUAAUGGUAAUUUAUUAUAAUUGACUAGCAGCUUUGUGAUCGUUUUCUUAAAAAGACUGUAAAUACUGUGUAUUUUAUUAUCGAAAACCCAAACGAUCGUCGAGUGCACGUAAAUCUUAAGUCCCUUUUUUAUGAAUAUUUUUUUAUAAUUGUCGAUCUAGCAGUACCUUAUCCAGAACUUUAUAAAGAUGAUCGAAUGAAUAUAUUGUAAUACUCAAUAAAGUUUCGAAUGAUAAUUGACGAUUUAAAAAAAAACACCCGAUCAUGUAUAAUUAUUUAAUGAACUCGUCGUAAUUACGUCCAGUAUUUUUUUUUCGUCUAAAGUAACAACUUUAUGUUUAUUUUAUUCAUAUUAUCUCAUUGUUACGUCUAUUGGACUCGAGUUUUGAGGUAUCAUUUAGUUAUUAUCAAUGUUUAUGUCAUUAAUAUUAUUGAUUGAUUGACUGGAAUCGAUUAUUGGAUUUGUUUGGGGAGAAUAUUUAUAUUGAAUGUUGAAUGACCAGUGGAGGCUGUUCUGGUGUGAAUUUUAUACUCUCAAUUUCAGGGGAUAUUUAUUCUCUGAGUGAGUUUUUAUUUCCAUGACUGUGUAGAAACGUAAGGAGGCUUUCCAAUUCAAUGGGGUUUUUCUACUUCUAGUUGAUGUAUUAUAGUUUCCACUAGACACAAACUUUGGAUAUUCAUUCUAAGGAUUAAUCAGUUUAUCAAUGGAGAAUAUAACGGUUAAUAUAGUUUAUUGUACGUAGAGGAAUAAAGAGAAUAAAGUUUUAUGAAAUAUUA